CAGUACACUUGUAAAAUGGGGUCAGCGUUCCAUUCUACUGUCAUUUACUAUCUACUUGUGCAUUCACUUCCAUUUAAAACAAUAUUGAUACGUUUUUGAAUAGCAAAUAUAAAAUUCGAAUGUACCAAUCGAUUCAAUUAAACGAGCACCUGCCAAGUACGAAAACCAAUAUGGCGGUAUGCGUGGGAGUGGAAUACAAACAUUGUAAUGUUUAAUAGACUGUCACUUUACUAUGGUCGCCUUUGGAUGUGAGGAGUGUUGAAAAUCAUAGUGUGUUGUCUUUGUCAGACGGUGGUUUAAUUAUUCAGAGAGGUUGGAGUAGAUUUCGUGCAGAAAAUUCAGGAUUUAUUCGAUCAGUAAAAUAUCGGUCAUAGUUGUUGUUUUUCCUCAAAUAUCUCUUCCUGUUACGCGAAAAGGAACCUGAGGUGAACAUUACUGACCAUUGUGAAGCAAUGAUAUGGUCCAGCACCACAGCAAUAGAAACUUGAGACAAUGAGACCAACAUUUCUCUGAUGACAUGCGUCGACUCGAGGAUGGACCUGGAACGAAAAUAGGGGUCACCCCGGAUGUCCUUGAGGUCAAUCGGGCUCAAACCCAGCCCCAAGGAAGCAUGAUGGGGGGUCCGGGUCAUGGCGGCGCGCAGGGAUACAGCGGGGGUCAAAUAGAAGAGCCUGGCAUGGAAUCGGCGGCAGUGUGUUCAAUUAGUGUUUCCUUAUCGAGGUCAAUCGAGAAUUUAUCGGCCUCAGGAUUUGGAGAAAACCAGCUGUCGCAGGCCGUCAGUGAGGGAGUGAUACGUUCGCGUAGUGAAUAUGGGAACACCUUAAGUGUUACUAGCAAGUUCAUCCCAUCAGCGAGAAGUUUCGAAAGUGCCUUAGGGAAUGAUGGGAGUAAACAAGGGCCAGGUCAAGAGCAUGCGAAACAGUUCUUUACUAAUACCGCACACAGCUUUGAAAGCACUUUACCAAGAUAUAAAAGUAUCGAUCACGAUAUUGAUCAAGGUAGCGAUAUUCGGAUAACCGAGCCAAUGUCUCCAGAUAAAGAGGAUCAAAAUUCAAAGAAAUCAAAAUUACAAAUGCCUGAAACAUUUGCUGGUAACGUUCUAGAAAUUCCUAUUAACAUGGACACCAGAAGACGCCACAGUUUCAAUGGUAACGAAGAUAGGCUAGAAGCGAGUAUAUUUGCAAUGAAACAUUCAAACUCUGGGGAAGAGCCGCGACGAAAACAAGUGCUACGGAAACAAAUUGCUAUCGAUGUUGAAGACCCAUUGAGGUCAGAUUCGCCUGGAAAACAUUCACCCCGAAGUAUAACAGUAUCCGCUGAGGAGGAAAAACGUGUGUUAUCCCACUAUAACAUUGAUUCACAUUCUCAUUUUGGUCAACAUAAUCAUCAUGUCACUGUUAUAAGAACAACUCCUAGUGCAAUUGAAAGAAACUCUUCAAAAGAAGAUCAGAAAUUCCUACCUUUACAUUUCCGGGGCAGACAACCUGAGAGUACUAGAAGUGCUGAGUCAUUAAAUAAACAGUACCAUGGUUGUUUAAGCCCAGAAAUUCAAAGAUUUAAGCCAACAAUUAAUAUCAUAUCAAAUGAGUCUGGUCUCUCAACGCAGUAUAGAUCUCGGUAUCUUGAUCCAGCUAGGGAGAGUUUCCGGGCAGGGCGGGGUUUCUCAAGCGGGUCUGAAGAUUCCCCUGGUCCCAGCAGUCGGGAACCGUCUCCUUUCAGGAAGGAAGCAAUGCGAGCUGUUUCCCCAUAUAGCAAAGAACGGUACAAACUUUCGACCCCGACACCAGUUAUUAAGACGCAGGUCAAGAAAGAAGCGUCAGAGAUUGGGUACGAGCUUAACAAGCAGAGUUCGUCAGGCUCAUCAGAUACUGGGUCCGGCCCCACAUUCCCUGAAUACUGUGCAAAUAUUGUGAUAACUAGUGAAACAGGUGAAGUAGUGGAAUGUAAAGCAGAAGAUUUUUCUGAGACAUUUGAGGUCCCUGAGGGCGUGCACAGACGUCAUGUACAUCCUGGUAACUUUAAAAAACAUUUACAUGCUAGGUAUUUACAAAGUUUACGUAGUCGGUUCUCAUCUUCGUCAACUGAUACAUCUCAAGAACAUCUAUCACAAGAAAGAUCUGAUUCAUUUCGUUCAUCGAGUGAAGUUUUCGACAGCACCGAAAAUGAGAACAGCAGAGAAAAGGAUGGUAAUACUUAUUUAAGACCUAUAUUCACCACUAGAGGGAGUUCAGAGACCAGCGAGGACAAUGACGUCGCUAUGGAAUCCGUAAUUAAAACAUCUCCGCGGUCGUCACAUUCCCCGGACCAACAACCACUGGACCUGUCCCAAGGGUUAUCCACAGAGUCCCAGCCGGACGGGUUGCAGGUGACGGGCCCCAAGAUAUCGGUGGAGUCGCCUCCAAAACAUCAACAGCGCGGGAGGCCGGGGCUAAGUCCCCAUGGACUGGCUGCGAGAUCUCACCUAGGCCACCAUGCACACAGCGACCCGGACCUGCUAAGCCCGUCUGUUUCGCUGCUACAGGCCAGCUCUCCCGGGGUAUUUGCACGAUCCCCUCACCUCCAGCCCCCGAUCAACACUAACCCCCAGUCACCGCUGUGUUCUGUUCCGGAGGGAGACCGCAUCUUUCAGUUCAACUUUCCUAGUCCAUUUGAAGGAGCUCAUAUACAUGUACAUUCUGAUCCAGAGUUCGGAAGCCCGAUUUCGCCCGGGUUGCAUUUCACAUUUCCACCAAGAAGUUUAAUGUCACAGUCUGCCUCGGAGGUGACUCGCCUGGCAGUAUCUCCACGGGCAUUCUAUCCAAACCAACAAACCCACGUUCAUCCACAUUUGCAUGGUCAUUCCCGGAGCUUUGAUUCAGCAAGCAUGUUGUCAGUGGAACAAAGGCGGGCCAUGUCAGACGCGGAAGCCUAUCUGUGCCCCGUAUGCGGGCAGGUGUUCCCAUCCUAUGACAAUCUAGCGAAACACAUGGCCAAACAUUUACCUACAGAAACGGUACGAUCAGGUGAUAACAAGAUACAUUACUGCAAAGUGUGCAAUAGAUCUUUCUCUCGUAGUGAUAUGUUGACCCGGCAUAUGCGACUCCAUACGGGGCUCAAACCAUACGAAUGUUCAGACUGUGGUCAGGUGUUCAGUAGAAGUGACCAUCUUAACACACAUAAAAGGACUCACACGGGUGAGAAACCAUAUCGCUGCCCACAGUGUCCAUAUGCUGCUUGUAGACGAGAUAUGAUUACACGGCAUAUGAGAACGCACAACAAACGAUCUGCAAAACGUGGUAAAUACUUAAGUGUGCCCGAACGCGAAAGUCACGAGUUGCGAAAGAGCAGUUUAAGUAGCACGGAUACGACCUCGAGUCAAGAGUUAUCUAGUAGAACGUUCUCCGUCUCGUCAGGAGAUAGCUUUGAUUUGGAAUGUGGGUCUCAAUCAUCUUCAAGGUUAAAAAGUCGUUCCCUAGCAAGCAUGGACAGUUCAGAAAUGGAGUUCACAAUGACCAAAUCAAAGAUGUGGUCCUCACCAAGUGCUGAAAGUGGCGUUUUCGAACAAGAUCCCACGCCCCAAUUUAAGACGAAGGGUCAAGUGAUAUCACAGUCAAGGUCAUUUGAAAGUAAAAUGGAAAUAGGGAAGAAAUUUUUAUCUGCUCAGCAUUUCCGACAGAUGCGGAACAUUUCUUCGACAAGCUUCGAAAGUUUUGAGUCGCAUGAUGAUAUACUCUCCCGCACUGAUUCGAUAGCUGAAGAUGCUUCGGAAUUGGGGCAACGGGAGGAUCAGUCAUCCACGCUACCCAUAACACCCGAGUCCCUUGAAAAGUGCUCCCUGGUCGAAAAAACGGAAAAUAGUAGUACAUGUUAAUAAUUGUUAGAAAAAUAUUUUUUGUUAAGAAUUUUGUUUUGAACUGGACAUGUUUCAAGUUCUUUUGUUAGAUUUUUUAGGUUUUUUUUAUUACUUCUAAAGUAAAAAGAUGACAGGGUUGUCAUUAAAAAAUAAACAGUUGAAAAAUAAACAGUUGAAAAAUAAACAGUUGUUAAUUGUUGGAACAUUUUGUGUCUUUUUGUGGAAAAGUGACAGGAAAAUGAAAUGCAGUGUAUUUUGAAGGAUUUUAAUAAGCACAUUUUACAAUUGAAGAUUUUCAUUUUGUAGUUCAUUAAUAAAUUCUGUGCGCUUGAAGCGUUUAUAUUAUUCAAUAUUCAACUUAAUUCUAAUCGUAACAUUUAAAUUCUUUUUUAAUCAUUGUUUAGCAAGCAUAUUUUGAAAUUGAGAUUUUUAUUUUCUUAGGUUGUUGAUAAAUACUGUGCACUUGAAGCGUGUGAUAUUCAAAUUAAUUAUAAUCGCAACAUUUGGAUUAUUUUUUAAUGAAUUGGUGCACCUUACAGAUAUUUAUUUAAUACUUUCGUGCUGUCCAUUUUACAUUUUUUGACAUACUAAAAUAUGUCGACCAUUAGCUUUAAAUUUAGCUUUUGUUUUAGUGAAAAUAAUUUUGCAUCUUAUAUUAUAAUCAUUUUUUAUUUAUUUGUUUAUAUUUAUCACAAAAAAAUUCCAAAGGUCAUUUUUAUUUCAUUGUUUUUACACAAAUUUAUUCCAUUAAAUUCAUUAUUUUUAGAUUUUAAAAAAUUAUCAUCAUGCAUUUGUAUUUGUAUUAAUCAGUUAUUUUACAUAUACAUAAUUGUUGAGAUCAUCUUGUUUGCCUUGUCGAGUUUUACUGUGUAAUUCUCAUUUCAUUCAUCUACAAUUGUAUUUGGUCUAAAAUUUAUAGGAAAGAUUUUUUCCAAAUGGAUGUGUUCAGAAAAACGGUUAUCUUCACUUUACAAAUUUUUCAUUGUUUUUCUUAUAAAACAUUUCUUUCUUUAUUUUCAUGUUUUAUCAAAUUUGUUUUGAAUGAAAUUCAACAAUGUUUAUUCUUAUUUGAAAUUAAUGCUGAAAAUUUGAUUUUAUGAACUGGAAUAUGUCAUUAUUUUUUCCAACUGUUUAAAUAUAUCAUAAAUAGAGAUAAACAAUAUUUAAGCAAAAUUGAAAAAAAAUAAUAUAAGCAUCAAUUUUAUUGUUAUUUAGCAAAAGCUGCAUUUACAGAAGCAACAGUAACAGCAGUAGCAACAACAACAACUUCAGUAUCUGAUAAUAGACUAAAAAUCACUACAGGAUGGAUUUUUUAAAUAAUGUUCUCAGAAAUACAAAUGUAGCUAUAAAAAGCAUUAGACUUCUUCAAAAUUGUAUUCAUUUAAUCCAGAACAUUUUUGAUUUGCAAAUAAAGUAUGCAUAUCAUUCAGAUAUAGUUGAAUUUGAUUUUUAUCUUUAAUGUUUUUCCCUUAAAUACUCAUGACUAUAAUUUUGACAACUGCUAGCAUUGCUAGGAAAAUAUCUGAAUACAGUAAUGUGUGUCGAUUUUGAGUAGGUUUAAUUUCAUGAUUUUUGGAAAAUCGAUAAUGUCGCAAAAUUAAAAACCUUUCAAAAUGUUAAAUUAAUAGUUGUUUCCCUUUUUUUUAAAUGAUGGCAUUGCAAAUAUUAAGCCUUGUAAAAUACUGUAAGCCCAAACAAAAUAAAAUCACAAAAUAAAGACCUCGCAAAUUUAUAACAGACUACAGUUUAUCAUGAUCUAAACAGCUUAACAUUGAGAUAUUAGUCCAAUUAGGAGAGGAAUUUUUAUGGUAUUAUUAAUAUAUUUUAACUUCUUUCAACAUCUAGAUUUGGCCGGAAUUUUGUAUGGUAAUUUCUAUGUAUUCAGAAAUGUAUUAUGCUUCAUUAAGAAAUAUGGUUAUAACUGACUUAUUUCAGCGUGUUUGGACUUAUAAGUAGUUGAUUGUAAAUGGGACAUUUUUCUAUAUUAGAGACCCAGAAACUACAGCUUACCUUUUCAAUAAUACAGCUUACCUAUUUAUUAACUAACAUUUGUUUUAUGAUUUUUCACAAAAACAGGGUUAAUAUGACUGUAAUAACCUCGAAAAUUAUGACUAAAUCUGCAUUCACAGAUGGACCGUUUUGACAGCUUUUUUAUUGUGUGUCUUUGAAAUUAGGCAUUUUUUGCAUAAGUGUCUGGAACCAGUGAUUCAAGACUGCUGAAAAAAAGAUCAGAUUGCAGUUUUUCAUAUUAAAAUUAAAAAAAAAUUGAUGCAUACAUAACUAACCCUUAAUUGAAAAUUGAAAUUUUCGGCUUUUUUCGAAACAUUUCAGAUCUGUUCCACCAUGAGUUAUCUUAUAUGACUGAAAUGAAGGCAUUGAUACCAAAAUCAGCUGGUUCUGAGACAAAAAUUAUACAAAAUAUCAACACUGUCAAGCUGUGAAAAAGCAGCUUUAAAUGUAUAAAUGAAUUUAGCAUUAUUAUACCCCGGACAAACGAAGUUUGAAGGGGGUAUAUUGGAGUCACCCUGUGGUCGGUCGGUCGGUUUGUUGGUCGGUCCAUUGCAAUUUGCCUUGUCCAGAGCAUAACUUAAAAACUACCGAAUGGAAUUGGAUUAAACUUCAUACAAUGGUAGAGCAUAAUGAGAGGAAGUGCAGUGUACAAUAACCAUAACUCUAUUCUUGCUUAUUACUGAGUUAUUGCCCUUUGCUACUUUUUUUGUCCGGAGUAUAACUUGAAAAGUACUGGAUGGAAUUCAUUGGAACUUCAUAGAUUGGUCAAGCACAAUGAGAGGAAGUGCAGUGUUCAAGAACCAAAACUCUACUUUAGCUAAUUACUGAGUUAUUGCCCUUUAUUUGUUUUGUUUUUUGCUGUCAUUUAUUCCAGACAUUAACUUGCAAACUACUAGAUGGAAUUUAUUGAAACUUCAUACAAUGGUAAAGCACAAUGAGAGGAAGUGCAGUGCACAAGAACCAUAACUCUAUUUUAGCUAAUUACAGAGUUAUGGCCUUUAAUACUUUUUUCUUGUUUAUAGAUGGUCAUAGGCAAUCGUAUAUUCUGUUCUUUAGAACAUCAAAUAUAUCAGUAUUAACAUCUCAGUAUUAGCAUCACUGAUAUUGUUUAAAGCCUUUUUUCUAACUAUUAAAAGUAUAAUCAAAAAAUGAAUAACUGACGAUAGUCCAUAAAAUAAAGUUGUCAUUUAUAGGUUGGCUUUCCAAAUAGUUGACUGCAAUUUUAUAUCAGGGCGGCGUUCGGGGGUAUUAAUUACCUUCAGUGAUAGCUCUAGUUAUUUCAAUAAUGCUAAAAUAUUAUGGUACAAUAUUUUUCAGUCUACGAUUAUAAAAGUCAUUGUUUUAGAUGACUCUAACCUUCAAAAUACUUCAAGGGAAACAAUUACAAUUGUUUGGUUUUCGUCAAUAACUGACUAUGGUGUUCAAAAUUCUUACUCAUUGGGACCAAUAUGGAUUUUUGUUGGGAUGGAGUCCCUAUUUUAAAUAUUUUAAUGUAUUUUUUAUGUAGGGUUUUAGAUAGAGGGUAAUGGGAGGUUGCUGCAGCCUGUCCUGUUUUGGAAGCAAUUUUCUGGCCUCAUGGAGAUCAGAAUGUGCACCCUCCUGCCUUCAAAGAAUGAAAUGCUUAAGAUAAUAUUUUUGUUUCUUUUUUUCUUUUUUUAAAAAAUUGAAAUAUGUUUAUAAAUUUAAACAAACUACAUAUUUGGUAAUUGAAAGCUAAUAUUACUUCAAAUUUCUAACAUUUCCUUUGUGAAAAUCAUAAUGCUUUAAUUAUUCUCUGCACGAUACAAUGUGCCCUUUUGUCACUCAGCACCCUGUCCCUUUUUCUGUAGCAACCUUCCCAUUUUAAAACCUGGCUAAAACCCUAUUUAUGGAUGUAAGAAAUAAGUCUAGUACCUUUUUUUCAUACAAGUUUUUUCUUCUUGAUUUUUAUCCCACAUAAGGCCAUGAAAUAUUGAUUAUAAGUUCAGCAUCAUCAGGUUGGUAGGUUUUCAGUGUUCAGAAUAAACAAACCAACCAUAAUCAAAAUCAAAAUUAGGCCAAGAAGUUUUAUUUUCUGAAACUUAAUAUUUAGAACAAAAAAUAUCUGAGUCAAGAAAUAUUAUCAUAUACAGAGAGUAGUUAAAAUUUCUAGAUGUAUAGACAGUGAAAUGAACCCUUAUUAUGCUAUUUGUAUGAAUAUUUUUGGUGGUCUGCUAUCUAGGAAAGAAUAGUAUUUUAUUUUUAUAUCAAAAAGAUUGUGUUUUUUUCAGCCGGGUGGGUAGGUAGGGUUUUCAAUUUGAACCUCACUGCAGACACUAAACUUAGAAUCAAUUUGACAUGGCCUGAGUUUAAAUCAAUAUUAAGAAUUUUUUCAUUUCAAUAUCUAAUUUGAAAACCUUUGAGAGUUGUGUUAACAAAAUUGUGUUCAAAAGGUAAAAAAGUGAGUUGUUCUAUUUAAUUUUUUCUAGUCACAGAACUGAUUCUACACUGUUCAUAUCAAAUUCUGUGUAAAAUAUGUUUGUACUAGAAUAAUUGUGAUGAAAUACAAAAUGAUUAUGUCAACUUUUGAUGGACACUUUUUAUUGCUUUCAAACUUAAUAACUCCACAAUGUUAAUUAUAUCAUAGAUAUAUAUUUAUCAGGUAUUGAAAUUAGACAAUGGGACAAUAACGACCAAAUUUUUGACACUGUGAAGAUUUCACCUUAUGACUAAUAUCUGUAUUGAAACAAGCACCAGCUCUUGUGUGGUGAGGAGCUGAACUACUCUGAGGAUAAAUCGACUUGAGACUCGGUGAGAUCAAACUGCUUAAAUGGUAUUGGAACUGUGUUUUCAUGAUGUUUAGAUUUCUUUGUUUAAGAGCUGGUCAGUUUUGCAAUGGGUGUAUGACUUGUAAAGUUUAUCCCCUGUGUGGUUGAUAGCUCGUAUUUAACAAUGUGUAAUGAGUUAUCUUUAUGCUACAAGAUUGUUAAUUUUAUGUAAAAAUACAGUAAUGCACUGAUUGUUUGUAGACACUGUUCCAUCUAUUGUGUUAGUAUUAGAGCAGUUUUGGUGUUAUUAUUGUUUUCAGUAUAUAAAAUAUAUAAUGAACAGCUUGCUGGAAUAGCGACGAUAAAAUAAUUUGAUGUAUUUCAUGCAAACAUUUAUAGUACAUGUUUACAAGAGAAAAGAACAACAAACUUGUCAUACACAAGAUGGUAACUUCCUUUUGAUAAGUCGAUAAAUUUAAAAAAAGAUUCUGACUGCUUUAUACACUUACCGGUAAGAAAUCAACUCUUUGCUGUAAUACACUUAUCAAUACUUUGAAUAGAUAGAAAAUUGAAAUUUCGAUGGCAUAAUUAAUAAACUAAUCAAUUAGAAACUUGCCUUCUUCUAAAUCUCUUUUUGUGUAGAAAUCAAGUUUGCCUGCUUAAAACUGUAAUCGAUAAAAAUCGAAAUUCCCCCAGCUUAAUACUCUUAUCGAUAAGAAAUGGAAAUGUGACCAGCUAAUUGAUAAGAAAUCAAAAUGAUACCAGCUAAUGGGAAAAAAAUGAAAUAUGUCCAGCUAUUCGAUAAGAAAUCGAAAUAUGACCAACUAAUUGAUAAGAAAUCGAAAUAUGACUAGCUAAUCGAUUAGAAAUGUAAUGUUUGCCUGUCCUUUGUCUGGUAGUGCCUUUCAGUGCUCAGUAUUACCUGUCCGGUGUUAUUUGUUUUGUAUAGAUUAUAGACUUUAGUAAGCAUUUUCCUAUAGCAAUGUUCAAUUUUGUAUAGAUUAUUUGAAAAGUUUUGAAGAAAAAUGUUUUUCUAGCUUUUUAAGGAAAAGCAUUUGAAACAAUUGUUGCAUUAUUUUAUGAAACAGAAAAUAUGUACUAAGAUAUUAAAAUAUGUACCAAUAUUUUCUUAAUUGUUUAUUUACAAAUAAUAAUAGUUUUGAUAGUGUUCAAAUUGAUAUAAGUAAAAAAUGUCUUAUAUUUUAAAUGAAUAAAUUUGAAUGAAUAAGUAGUUGUCAAAAAUUUUAACCAACUCACAAUUUACGUUGUAGGUAGUUCUUCAUAUACAUAUACAAAUAUACAAUAAACUAAUGGCAGAUAGCUAAAUAAAAUGAACUUCUUGUAUAAAUAAGCAAAAUGAUUGUUUACAACUCUAUCAUACAUAUAUUUGUCAUAUACCGGUUAAAAAUUAUUUGUGUUUUUUUCUAAAUAUGUAUUAACUUUACAUCAGAGACAUAUAUAUAGAAUAUAUACGAGUCUGGAAAAAAUUGUGCUAUUUCUGGCAAAAGAGACAUAUUCUUAUAUAUUUAUAUAUUUACUUGAAUAAGAUUUUAUUCAUUUAUAUGGCUAUUUAGUUAUUGAGAUUCAUGAAAAGUGCUGUUUUGAGUAUAUAUUGUUACUGUUUUCAGACACUGAUAAUAAGAUCACUGUUCAUUAAUUGUUUGUUUCACUGAUCUGAAUCUUAUAUUGCACAACAUACAGAAAAAAUAAAAACUAGAAAUCAACUCAAAAUAUUUUAAAUUCCCACUUUACUUGCAUCUGUGCACUUAGUCACAUGAUACGUUACUUAAAGAAUGUUGCGUUUGUUUUAAUAUUUGCAAGUCUGCAUGUGAAACUAUGCAAGGUUUUGAAGUCUUCUACAAUAGCAACAUUUAAAUUUGAUUUAUUAUCAAAAAUUGUCGCAUGAUAUGAGAAAGGCCCCCUUCUGUGCCACUUUUGAAAAUGGUAUUCUAAAUAAUUGAGUUUAACAACAUAAAAUAACCAAACUGUAUUUGAUUAUUUUAAAGUAUUUAUUAUCAUGAAAAACAUUUCCUUUUUUCUGCUCCAACAAAGUGAAAUAACAAAUGAGGCAGCCCAACACUUCCGGGAAAAAUCAGUGAAACAAAAAAUAAAAACAACAGUGGUCUUACAUGUGUAACUGUUACUGUUGGUUAUUGUUUAACUAGUGCUAGCUUGUUUAUUCCUGUUAUUAAAGUCUGUCAUUUGCUUGUUAAAAUAACUGCCAUUUUUAGGGGGAAAACAUUGGCCAUGUUGUGACAGUUUUUUUACGUAAUAAUAACAACUUUCUUAUGGUUUUGGCGGUUAAGUAUUAUCAUUUUUGUAGGUGUUGAUUGUUAUAUAUUGUUACAUCUUUGUGUUAAAAGAAUGAACUGAAUAUGCAUACAUUAUAUUAAGUAAAUGAUUUAUGUACAACAUACAAUAUUGUCAAAUAUUUUUAGUCAGUAAAAUGUCCAUUUUGAGUGCUUGAAUUGAAUGAAUUACAUGAAGUUGUUACAAAGGGUUAGAAGAGAACACAUUAUGGGCUAAUUGUUCAGACCUUUGUUAAAGUUAACAAUGUUGUUAACCUCAUUGUUGUUAACUUUCAAAACAUCUGGAAGUUAAAGGGAGACAUUUAUGAUCCGUGCAGUAUAAUUCUUAACAAUAUAUGAGACAGGUGUUUCAGGUGUAGUUGUUUUAUUUAUAUAAAAAUGGACACAUCAUAAAAUAGUUCACAUUUAACAUUUAAAUUUAUUAUCAAAAAUUGUCACAUGAUAUGAGAAAGGCCCCCAUUCUGUGCCACUUUUCACAAUGGUAUUUUAAAUUAUUGAGUUUAACAACAUACAAGAUAACAACGAAAUCAUUAAUCAACAAUUUAGUUAACUUCAACAAAGUUGUGAUCAAUCCAGCAGUGGUAAACGUUUCACGUUCAAAUGAAACCUGUCUGUUUGUAAGGGACUCAAUUGUAUUAAGUUACCUUGAGUGUUUUUAGGAAUUUUGACUGAAGAGAAAUCGUUUUGUAAAUAUAUACAUGUACAUCAUUCUCAUUAUUUAUAUCAUGUUAUUUUUUGAAGAUAAAAAUCCAUUCACACAUAAAAUUUAUACUUACAAUUUAUUGUUAUAGUCAUUUUAAAUUUUAUACUUUUGUGCCUGAAGCUUUUGUAUUAAGUUUUAUUGUUGGAAUUUUUAGGGUGGUGGGGAACAAAAAUGCUCUCUUUGUUUCUAUAUUUAUUGUCACUUAAGAGUAUUUCUGCUUCCAGCCUUUCAAAAAUAAAUUUGACGACAUGCUAAACAAAUUUUCCGCAAACAUAGUUUAAGUAUUCCAUACUUUUGAAUAUUUAUAAGUAUUUACAAAUUACUAUCACAGUCAUCAAAUUUAUACUUCUUAAUGAACAAUCCAGAUUUCUUACACAUAAGUCUUGGCAUUAACAUAAACAUGCAUAUGAAAUCUAGAAUUUAUGCAAGCCGGGAAUAUUAUUUACCAGGGCUUGUAAACACAUUCUUAUUUUGACCUCUGCUAUCAACUUUUUAACUUAUUAAGGUUUGAAGUUUUUCUCUUGAUAGCGAAUAAACAAUAUUUAUCUUUUAAUAUUUCCAAAUUCAUUACACUGAAUUUGCCAUGUACAUCCUGUUUAUUUAUUUGUUCCAAAAAGAAUUAUAGCUUUUGGAACUGGAUAUAAAAUCAUUUAUCUUAGAUAUAUAUUUGAUAAUCCAUGUGGAAUUAAUAUUCAUGGUUUUAAGAUUAAACUUUAACCCACUUUUUAAUACUAAACAUGUUUUUUUUAUCGUUGAAACAAAGUUUUACUGUUCAGAAAAUAUCUGAAAAUGUCAUAUACUACAAAGUAUAAUUAUUAUGCAUUUUCUUUAAAUAAAAGGCUUAUUAGAACGAUAAGCUUUUUACUUUUCUAGAAGGAUAUAUUUUUUAAGCUUACUAGGAUAAGCCUCUUUAGCCUGCUAGAAGGAUAAGCUUUAAAGCUUACUUAAAUUAUCAAGCUUUUUUACUUUACUUAUAUGAUAAGCAUUUUAACUUACUUGCAGGAUAAGCUUUUUAAGAAUUAUGGAUGUCAAAAAACCUUUGUGAGUCAGCAAAUUUUCUUCAUAAUCAUUGGAACUUGGCCAGAUGGUGUCAUCUCUACAAUAUAUAUGUCCAAUUAGAUUCUGGGUCAUAUGAUUUCGAAAAAUUUGUUAAAAAGUAGAAUGUUUGUCUCAUAAAACUGUUAAAGUUUGAUUCUUGGUCAUGUGGGUAACUGCGUCAAAUCAAAGAAAAUACAUUGUUAACACUCUCUGAGAGGUCACAAGUUUGGUGCAAGAUCAAUGGAAUUUGGUAAGAUUGUGUUCAUACAAUCUAUUUCAUAUAAGAUACUAUACUGGAUGACAUUUCCUGAUAGUUCUGUUUCUGCAAAAGUGACUUGUUUAACACUCCUUUCAAAUUGCUAUUUUCACUGUUUGAAAAUUGAGUGCAUUUUCUCAUACUCAACGUUUCGUUCUUUGGAAAUCAGAACACUUCGUAAAAUUCAUAGUAUAACUGUUAAUUGUUUAUCCUGGUCCAAGGUUUAUUUAUUGAAAAAUCGACAACGCAAAACCAAUUUACUGCAACAGUUGUGUUUGUUCUUCACAGUUUCAAAGGCCAGCAAUUGUCACGUUUUAUUAACACAAGCUGAAAAUGAAAAUAUCUUUUAUGAUAAAUGUACACAUGUGUAUGUACUUUAACUGACCAAGAAUGUUGUAGUUUGUUGUUAAAAUUUUGCAAUUUUUUUAUUUUUUUUGGAGAUUUUCCUGAAUUUAAAAUUAAGCAAAUUAUACAAUUUAUCCUUGCUUUGAGAUGAUAAAAUGUAGUCAAGAAUUUAAACCCCUCAAAGAUGGCCAAAACCAAGGACUUGCAAAAUUGAAAUAUGGUAUUUGACCCUACUAUGUACAUGGCAAAUCAGUGUAAGAUAUCACAUCAGUUAAAUGUAUGUGAUAUAUGUAUCACAUAGCAAAUCAGUGUUAGAUAUCACAUCAGUUAAAUGUAUGUGAUAUAUGUAUCACAUGGCAAAUCAGUGUAAGAUAUCACAUCAGUUAAAUUUAUGUGAUAUAUGUAUCACAUAGCAAAUAAGUGUUAGAUAUUACACCAGUUAAAGGUAUGUGGUAUAUGUAUGACAUGGCAAAUCAGUGUAAGAUAUCACAUCAGUUAAAUGUAUGUGAUAUAUGUAUCACAUGGCAAAUAAGUGUUAGAUAUUACACCAGUUAAAGGUAUGUGGUAUCUGUAUCACAUAGGAAAUAAGUGUUAGAUAUCACAUCAGUUAAAUGUAUGUGAUAUCUGUCAAUCAGUGUUAGUUAUUAUAUCAGUCAAAUGUAUGUGAUAUCUCUAUCACACAGCUGUCUGUAUAAGGCUUCUAUCACAUUAAUAGAAACUCUAUGUGUUAUUCCGUCACAUUGUUAUUAGGUUGAUUAUAUUUGUGAUAUUUUCUAUCACAUUGCAUAGGCUAUCUUUGUGGAUUUCUAUCACAUGGAAAUCAUAUAGAUCUUCUUUGUGAUAUUGUUAUCACUUUCUUAUGACAUUGAUGAUCUAUGUGAUAUUUCUAUCACAAUAUACUUACAUGGCUUAGCUAUGUGAUUUACUUGCUAGACUGUAAUUACAUAGAUUAUCUAUGUGAUAUUUCUGUUACACUGUAAUAACAUAGGUUAUCUAUGUGAUAUUCCUGUUACACUGUAUUAACAUAGAUUAUCUAUGUGAUAUUUCUGUUACACUGUAAUAACAUAGGUUAUCUAUGUGAUAUUUCUGUUACACUUGAAGUUCAUAGAUUAUCUAUGUGAUAUUCCUGUUACACUGUAUUAACAUAGGUUAUCUAUGUGAUAUUUCUGUUACACUGUAAUAACAUAGGUUAUCUAUGUGAUAUUCCGGUUACACUGUAAUAACAUAGAUUAUCUAUGUGAUAUAUCUGUUACACUUGAAUUGCAUAGAUUAUCUAUGUGAUAUUCCUGUUACACUGUAUUAACAUAGAUUAUCUAUGUGAUAUUUCUGUUACACUUGAAUUGCAUAGAUUAUCUAUGUGAUAUUGUUAUCACACUGCUACCAUAUAGCGCAUGGCAAUUCCAUGUGAUAUUUGUUGUUUUGUAACUUAAGUGGAGUCAAAUUUAAAACAAUAACUUUGCAAAAAAUAAAUUUUAUUCAAAUGUGAA